AUGAAGGUCACAUCCACAACGAGGACCACGACCACGAUUGAAAAGAAGGUGGGCGAGGAUGAAGCAAAAGACGAUUCCAAGGAGGAUGCCAAGGAGGAUGCCAAGGAGGAUGCCAAGGAGGAUUCCAAGGAGGAUGCUGCAAAUGAUGAGAAAUCAACAGCCAGCGACGAAGAGAAGGUGGCGGCUACUACAUACAACUCCUGGGAUGCCGACAUGGAGAACAAGAAGCUGGGCGAUGCCGACAUCCUCAUCUACGAAGCUUCGGCGAGCAGCGUGAGCCUGGUGGCGAAGGAGUGCCUCUUCACAGCGGGUUCGCAUACCCGAGCGCGCGCCAACGUGAACAAGAUGUGGUGCUAUCCUGGCGCCUACUGGGGCGUCUCCGAGCAGGAAAGUGCGGACGAUCCGAUUGGCAAAGGUCCGGUUCGCGACCUGGCGCUGCUCCCUCCGGCGGACGCGGAGGGCGCGCAGUCCAUCGUCUUGCGCUUCACAAUCCCCCGCGCCGGCAACUACUCCCUCGACCUCUUGGGUGCCAAGCGCUACAGGGGAGGAACUGGCUUCAUCAAUGCCGCGGUGUACGCCAAGGAUGCCGAGAAGGUUACAUUGGUGCAUGUCUCCGACGCCACGCUGCCGACGGCAGAGAAUGGUGAGAACAAGGUCUACCAGCUGGGAAUCCUUGAAGCAGGCGACUUCCUCUACUUUACCGCCAACAACGCGGGCGACGGCAUCGACGACGAUGACACCAGGAUCCGCUUUCGGAUCACCGCCGUGGCGCAGGCCAUGGAGGCGAGAGUCAAGAAGCUGUCGGAACUGAAGUCCCUCAGAGAACGGCUGGCUGACCAGUUGUUCGCGGAGAACCCAGACUCGGUGAGCAGCUUCACCGUGACCGUGGACAAGAAUGAUGCCCCAGCCAUCCUCAUUGGCAUCGACCCUUCCAGCGACAGAGGCUCCGUGAUCCUGCCAGCAGAGCUGCGGGAUGUGAACGUGAUUUUCGAGACCGUGCCCCGCACGGUCGAGGUACCGCUCAAGGACGACGAGCCGUGA